GACCGUUUGAGAACUAGACACGUUUUAUGGCAAAGGCAAUCUGCCCAGUCGGGUGAUUCUCCAUUUCUACGCAGGAUGAAGACGCCCACAUCAACCACGCGACAUGGAGCGAACCGUGGUAACUGUGUCGGACGUAACCUUCUCUUAUAAUGGAGUAGAUUUAUCUCUAAAAGAUUUGAACCUUGGCCUGCUUGGUCUUUUCGGUGUUACGUUGUGGUGGUGGCUGUGGACGAUGAGAGACGCUCGUGAUAGCACUCGGACAGCAGACCUUCUCGUCUUAAUCGGACUGAUCGCAUGGCAUUGGUACCUGCGACACCAUCAUUACCUUCUGCUCAAGACCUUGGCUUGCAUGGCCGUCUUAAAACUAUGCCACAAUUAUGUCAAAAAUACCUCUGAUCCCCCACCGAAAGGCGAAGCACCUUUGAUCAUCCCGAGCUGGACAAGCCAUACGAGGUUCUUUCCGCAGAAGCAUUCUUUCGGUUACUCAAUUCUGCAAGUCGCUUUACCCGUUGGCUCCGAGGGCCGAUUUGGUCAACUCCUUUCAGUCGGUAAUGUACAAAAGAAGGGAUGGUAUCACGUCCAAGCUUCAGACUACCUCCAUCGGACCUCAGAUGACCAAACACUGUACGGGAAACUUAAGGCAUAUCUACAGUCCCAUGAUGUCGAAGAUUCAGAAUGGGAUCACGCUUAUUUGAUCACGGCACCCCGGUUCAUGGGCUAUUCGUUCAAUCCUGUCAGCUUUUGGUACAUCUAUACUGCGGACAACGUUCUCACCAUGAUGAUUCUUGAGGUGAAUAAUACAUUUGGCGAACGCCGCAUGUAUCUGCUUCACGCAAAAGAUUCGGGAGAGCAGAACGAAGACAGUGAUGUUAACAACCUCACCACAUCAACCGACGACUCCUUCCAUCACCCUCCAUGUUUGAGUAAGUCAGACGGGAAAUUCAGAAACUCGUGGGCGAAGGACUUUCAUGUCUCGCCGUUCAGUUCGAGGAAAGGCUGCUACAUGCUCACAGCGAAUGAUCCAUUUCACCGUGAAAAGGAGGGAGAAUCAAUAGAUUUGAACAAUACGAUCACUCUCAAAUCGUCAAAAGACCAUGUUAAGCUCGUGGCGAGGAUAGUUUCGGUCGGUCAUUCAAUCAACCCUCUGACAAGCACCUGGUACGAAACUAUCAGGUUUGUCAUGUCCUGGUUCUUGGUCGGAUUCUUGACCUUCCCGCGCAUUUUGAAAGAGGCCGCAGUAUUAUUCUGGGCGAAAGGACUGCAUGUAUGGUACAGGCCCGAGGUUCUGCCAUCAAGCAUUGGCCGUGAAGAAGAACCCAUUGAAGCAGGACUGGCCCCAUUUUUCGAGACCUAUCUCAAACAUAUAGUUGCACAACACACGAAGCCGAUAAAUGUCAUCUACACGUCGAAUAUACGUGGGAAAUCACCAUGUACAUACUCCAACGUCCACGUAGACGAGCAGUCUCAAGCAUCCUCCUCCAAGCUUGAGCUCCGCGUCCUUAGCCCAGCCUUUUUUGCACGUUUUAUGCACUACGCGCAUUCAACUGAGGCUUUCGACCGCGAAUGCGUAUUUACCGAUGAAAAGAAUCGCACGAUAUGGGUUUCACGACCCGAACUGUUAUACGACUUGUUAAAGCAGGAUCCAUGCUCCUCACGCGCAAGGACCGAGUCUUUAAAUCCCGUGCAGAGAUUCAAGUGGAAUAUACACGUAAUGCUACGGUGUGCUCCUGCAGAUCCAGCGUACCCAUUCUCUGGAGCAGCGACGCAGAAAAGAGAAGACAUUAGAAAGAAAACCUUGUCACCUUUGGAUCAUUAUGUGCUUACAUAUAUGAGAGCUGAUGCUUCCAGCUACAGAAGAUUGUGUGCAAGAUUGUUUCUAGCACAGAGAGUAGCAUUUGGAUUCGUGCAGGUUGUUGACCUGGUAGAUGUCGCCGUAAGGGCAAUGUUGAUUUGGAAGGGUGUCUCCAACCUGAGUUGGACUGCUGGCUGGAUUACGAGCUACGCUUGGCUAAUGAGCGUACAUUUGUGGGCGUUUAUGAAAUAGCAGAUGAGCUACUUGCAACAUGUGCCGUCUAGAUCUAUAGAGAAGACCGUAACUGUGACAAUAUUGAAUAUUGGCACUUCCUCACGGUUAACUUUCCAGGAUGAUAUCGAUGUUGACACGCUAUGGCUCUAAAUUUAACAACCCCAUGAAGCCGUAGGCGUUUCUUCAGAAUUAAGAGGUCGACUGAUAACAACGUUCGCAAGGAGAAUAUUUUGUAGUGCCGAGCGAUUCUGCGAGUGAGAGCAGUGCCGAAGAAUCUGGUCAAAACCAGACAACGUCUGGGUGAAAUUAUUUCCAUGUUACCAUGGUUCACGGAAAGGGAACAGCGGAGUCACGGCAAGCAAAUCAUGAGAAAGAAUCAGAUAUCGAUAACGAAUAGACAAUCAGAGUUCUUUGGAAGCGGCAAACAUAGCAAGGCAAGAAAUCGCUGAUGCUAAAAUCUUCUUUUCCGAUAAAUUCAUAC